AUGCUAGCAGUAGUAGUUGCCUUCGACAACUUUCAUUCUUAUCUAAUUGGUUCAAAGGUGAUAGUCUACAUAGACCAUUCAGCUUUGAAGUAUUUAUUCGAGAAGAAAGAUGCUAAACCCAGGAGAUGUGUGCCAGAGGAUGAGAUGAAAUCGAUCCUUUUACGGGUUCAUGCUUCAACUUAUGGAGGACAUUUUGGCAGCAGUGAAGGUGCUUUUGGAUGUUUUUUGAAAAGGGACAAUUUCACGGCUUGUGCGUCGCGCACAGAUAGGGCUCGCGUUUGUGUUGAGAUUGAUGUUUCCAAGCCCUUGGUGGAUUCUUUCUGGCUGGGUGUCCCUUUCCAUCCCACCAACAGAUAUCAGGAAGUCAUAUAUGAAAAACUCCCAACCUAUUGUAAGUUCUGUAACACUAUAGGCCACUUGGAGAUGGGAUACAAGAAGAAAAAGGACAUUGGUGAAAGUAAGAUCCCUGAGAACGUUCGUCGCGACGAUGGUAAAAUUUUUACUAAUCUGGAUGAUGUGGGAGAAAAUUCUCCAAUGGAGAAUAUAGGUACCGGUUCAACGGUAGAUAAAACAGAUUCCGGUAAAAGUUCAGAGUUUGACAGAAAUUGGACUACUAGUGGCACAUUGAAGGUCAAUAUGUGCUCCAAUGAAAUAAUUUUGGAUAAGGCUAUUGUGGAGGGUGAUGUUGAAGUAGUUCAUGAUAUGCUUGUUAUGAAUGUCAUGGACGAUAUUACAGAGCUUGUACUUAGGGGGGAGCCUCUUCCCUAA